AGCAACUUCAAUUAACACCAACUACUCUGCUCUCAGUAAUAAUAUUGUGGCCUUUCAUUUAAUAUUGCUCUCAUACCUACCUACCUGACAUUAUUAAUUUUCUUUAUAUAAGCUUCAAUCUAUGUCUUCUAUGUCAUCACAAAUAGUUCUUUAGUCUCUAAACUUUGCUUAUUGCUUGUUUCAUUCAACUAUGGCACUUCCUCACUCACUCUCAGUCCUCUUUCUUGUUCUUCUUUUGGCCAGGAUUGACAUGUCUACAUGCCAAGUCUUCAAGGCCAAAGUUUCUUGCCUUGACUGCCCUACUGAAACUGAUCUCUCAGGUAUUAAAGUUCUAGUGAAGUGUGACAAGGUGAAAAAGUUGGGUAUGGCUACAACUGAAAAUAAUGGUUUUUUUGAAACAGAGAUUCCCACAGACAAAAAAACACCCCCAAAACCUUUGAAUUGCCUAGCCAAGCUUCUUGGUGGACCAAAUCAACUCUAUGCUUCAUCCAAAACCAUGGUAUCUCAGCUUGUCCAAACCAAUGAUCAAUACACCAUUUCAACCCCACUUUCAUUUUACAACUCAUGCCCAUCAACCAUAACUCAAGCAAAAUGUGAGGCCAAUAAGAAGUGGGAUUCUUCCAAGACUGUUGAUCUGCCAUUACCACCACAAUGGGGUUUGGCUCCUUCAAGCUACUAUAUCCCUUUCUUCCCUAUUAUAGGAAUCCCAUGAUUGUAGUAUACAAACAUAUAUGUAGUAGUAUUUAAAGUCUCUCUCAAGUGAGUAGUGUGUCAAGAAUAUAAGCUGGUAAAACUGGUUUCUUUUUUCUUCACUAUUUUCUCCUUUUUCUGUUUUAUAUAUAUAUAGUUAUUUUUUUGUUUUUUGUCAUGUUUGUUAAAAUAGCAGCUUGAGAAGUAUGAAAGGGUAUGGUGAUGUUUAGUCUAAAGUGCUCUUAUAUAGUAGAGAGAUUAUGUUGUUAUCAUAUGUUACAAAAGAUUAUGAAAUAAAUAAUAUAAUGAAGUAAUGUGUAGUGUUUGCUUUUGUA